AUGGACCUUCGCUCCCUCCCUCCCGCCGUGCUUGUGCCGCGCGAGCACGAGACGCCAGACAACAAGGCGCCCCUGAUCCGGGCACUGGCCGCCUUACUCAUCGUUAUUGCGCUGCUGGCAGCGACGGUGCGUAUCGCGACGAGGACCAUUACCAUUGCCAGGCUCAAGGUAGACGACUUUCUUGCCAUAACGGCAACCGCUUUCGCCCUCGUUCAGUCGGCUCUUGUGAUCGCCCAGGGCGCCAACGGCCUAGGCAAACGCAAUGGACUGACCUCGGAUCAAGUGUCUUACAUCCUCAAAAGUCACUAUGCCUCAGACGCACUCUACAUUGCGGCUCUGCUGUUCGCCAAAUUGUCCGCUACGAGAAGUAUCUGGGUCAUGGCGCCUAGAGAGCGCAGGAGAUGGAUCAUGAUCACCGAGAUCUGCAUCGGCCUGUGGGCAGUGUCUACAAUUGUGACAUCGUUCUUCCAAUGUGCCCUCCCCGAGCCGUGGAACUAUGUUGACGGUGGGACGUGCUUCAACAGGACCGCUUUCUGGAUUUACGUCGACGGUCUCAACAUUCUGACCGAUCUCUCCCUCACAGCCAUCCUCACGGAGAUGUUCCUCAAGCUGAAGACGUCCAUCUCCAAGAAGAUCAUGGUGAUUGGCGUCUUUGGCUGCCGUAUCUUCGUCAUCCCUCCCAUUGUGUGCCACAUGUACUACUACAAGCAAGCGGUAGAAUCGAGCAACCCCAUGUUCGCCAUGUGGCCGCCCACCGUCAUCGUCCAAGUCAUCCAGUGCAUGAUGCUGCUCGUCACCUGCAUCCCCUUUCUGAAGCCGUUCAUGGACAGCCUCGAGUCUGGACAGAUGGCGGCCGGCGACCUGAGGGGGACGAGGAGCAAGGGGACCAACAGUCGAUCAGGCAGCGGCUAUCCACGUUCAGCCCCCCUGAGUCGGUCACGCUACAACAACACGGCUGCGAGUCAGGGGGUGACGUCGGUCGUCAACAAGGCCUCCGCGAAUGCGUCGCAGGCGUAUGAGAUGAUGGACAUGGACAAGCCGCAGGGCAAGGGCGGCGAUACACCACUGGUGACGACGGUGACAGCGGCUGAGACGCAUUCGCGCGAGGCGAAUGGGUCGUGGGAUGGGCAGAGCCACACGAGCCAGACGGUGCUGGUCGAGACGACGUGGGCAGUUAACUAUGAGGGAGAGUCUCGCCGCAGCUCGGCGAAGUGA